CGAAUACGAAGCUGAAAACUCUUUCCUUCGUGAUAACAGUUGUAGGUCUUCAACAGAGACAAAACAUCUGAUCUAAAGAAGAGGGCAGGAAAAAGGGGUUGUCUGCAGAAGGAAUCUUGUGGAAAGUCCAUUUCAGAAAAACCUGACAGAGCAGUGACACUGGGCGGGAAUUUCCAGGGAGUGGUGAGAGAGACGGUAAGCCCCAGCUGCAGCGUUUAUAAGCCAUCAAUGAAAGUAGGACACAAACUUUCACAAUGAAGUCCACACUACAUACCCUCACUGCUCUACUGGCUGUGGGCCUCUAUAUUCUUCUUACCGCUCAGGUGGGAGACAGUCAACAUGUUCCGACACGCUGCAUUUGUCAUAAAUCCAUGUCAGCAGUCAGAGGACCAUUUUCAGAUUAUAAAGUCUUAUUACAAGGACCUGGUUGUGACAAAGAUGUGAUCAUAGUUAGGCUGAAGGGGAACAACCAGGAAGUGUGUCUAAGUCCUAAUGGACCUCAAGGAAAAAGACUGCUGAAAUGCUGGCGCAAGAUGCAAAAAAAAGGGGAAGAUGCAAAGAAAUGCAUCAAAAGACUGAGACCUCAGAAAAGACGACGACAGAAGAAGCGCAGUUGAUCCAAGAAGCUCAUAUCAUGUGAAGCCCGGCGAAAUGGCUGCUAAUAGAAAGACACUAAUGCAAGUGUCCACACACUAGUUUGAAAGACCACAACUGCUUUCCCAUAUAUGGUCUGGACUAUGGACUAACCAUGGUCUGUAUAAGCUUCCAGAGAGGGCUGGCCCCACUCAAAGGCAUGAAGACGAUGAUGAAGAUAGAACACUGCAAAGUAAUCGCUUUACAUUACAAUGUAAUGUUUUGGCCAGUUUUAGUACAAUUUAAUAAGAAAGCAGAAUCAAUUUACACACUGUUACUGAUACUAUAUGUUUGUUAAACUGUUUAUGUUUAUGAUAAUGUGUAUUUUAGUAUGUCAUCUUUUUAUACAAUAAAAUGUACAUGUGUAUAUAAUAAAUGAAAACAUAAAAAAACA